GUGCAACACAUACAGUAUGCAUAUAUAACUUUUGCUUAGUGAUUUCAUUGUUACUAAUAUUUUUUUGCAAAACAAUUUUACCCACAUAUGUUCAAAUUGCAUAAGAAGUUUAAGACACCAACAAAAAGCCAGCAAAAGUAUAUAUAACUGAGCACAUAUUAAAAAUAAACACACAUAUUUCUGAUCAUGUGAUGAGUUACAUCUAAAACUUCAAACUAACACACCUCUUCCACAAACGAAAAUUACACACGAACAAAACCGAACCAAGCCGAUCUAUAUAAUCAGUUAUAUUUAGCCGUGAGUAUUCACAGCUUCCCAAAUCAGAUUCUUAAACACAGGGUUAGUCACAUCUCUAGCUUGAACCGCUGCAUUCCUCAGAGUCCUGAUGGUCCACACAUUCGCCUCCCACCACGAAAGACUCCUAUACGGCAGAUUAUGCUUCUUACAAAGCUCCUGAACCACCGGAGAUACUCGCCGGAGAUGGCAACGCGGUAGCCGAGGGAACAGAUGGUGCUCUAACUGAAACUGCAACCCACCGAAGAACCAAUCCAUAGACGAUCUACACGAUAUAUCAAGCGUACCGGCGGUUUGCUUCUCGAACCAAUCGUUUCCGUUUGGCGGACCGGUGUAAACGUCGGCGGCGAAGUGGUUUAAACAGAAUUGAACGUGCUGGAUCGCCGUGACGGCGAAGCUUACGAACACGAAGAUGAAUCUCUCUUGCCAAUUCGGGAGGAAUGAGACUAAGAGUGGGAACCAUGUCCAGAAAACGAGGAUUCCGGCGAUGUUCAAGGCUCGAUCAGGAACGUGGCGUUUCGAGAACAGCAAGAGGAAUGUUUGUACGAAGAGGUUGAUUCUCCCGACGCACAUCACUGGGUAAAACGUCCAGUGUUGGUAGCUGACUAAGAAUCGAGCCAGAGGAUCGAAGGUUAAUUUCCUGCCGUAGAAGCGUGACGUCAUCGAACUGAAGAAUUUGGUGGAGACGGCGAAGAUCGGGAUGUGCUGGAGAUCUGGGUCGUGGUCAAGGCUGUUACAAGCGAUGUGGUGAGCGUUGUGGGUCCACUUCCACCACGCGAUUGAGAUCCCGGUGAGACAGUUACCGGAGAGAAGCUGGACGAUUUUGUUACACGGCUUCGUCGACGUCACGUUGUAGUGACCGGAAUCGUGGCCGACGUAAGCGCUCUGUAUCCAGAGGAGGCCGAGGAGUACGGCGGAGAUGAGGUGGGCCCAGACGCUGGUACUAGCCAAGACGCCGUAGAAAACCGCCGCGAGCAUCACGGCGACCCCCGUGAGGGUGUAGAGAGUCACGUGACCUUUUUUGUCGAAGAGGCCGCGUUUCGAGAACUCGGCGGCUAGACGGCGGUAGUCUCGUGACACGUCGGAGACGUGGAAGUCCUUCACGUGGUAGCCGUUGUGGAGCUUUUCGAGGUGGUGCCAUGCGGUUCCGGGAUGGUAAGCGAUGAAAGCGUCGGUGACGUCUUGACCGGCGAGAUUGAGGAUCGAUGCUUCGCCUCCGGGAUGAGAUUUAACCCAAUCGGAGACGUCGUAGACUUUCCCUUGAAUGGAGAUCCAUAAAUCUCCAGGUUGGUUAUGCUUUUUCAGAUCCUCGCUUGAAAUGUACCUCUUCUUCUCCGUCCCCUCCGCCAUUGUUUGAACCAGAGAAAGAGAGAUCGAGAAAUGGGAUUUAACCAAAAUUCAAAAUCCAGAAAUUAACAGAACCCAAUUUGAGAAAGGCCCAAAUAUUUCAUAAGCUCUCUCGAGCUACAACUCGCGCGGCUCGCGCGCUCUUCUUUUGCCUUCGCCGGCGUAGGAUAUCGCCGAAGUCCUCCAUUGAAACUUUUAUCUGUUGCUGCAGCCGAAAUCGCCGACUGUUGGGGUAUCUCUGGUAGAGAGAGUCUCCGAUAUGAAUCCGGCGAAUUUUCAGCCUCUAAAUCCUCCAUUCCACUGGGCUCCGAUGCUACCUCCGGAUCCGCCUCGUUGUGGUGCGUUUUGGAAUACGAAGAACAUAGUCGAUCAGCUUAAACAACUCCAAGAUACGCUUAACCUGGCAAAAUCAAUGGAGAAGGAACUGGAUGCAUUGAGGAUGAUCAAAGAUGCUAAAGGCUCAAUGGAAAUUGUGGAACAAGGUUCAGGAGAAGAGUGUUUGAGGUAUCUACAAGGUAUGAAGAUGGAUUUGGAACAGCAGGAGACGCUUUCAGUGGAAGCUGCUAACUCCUUGAUGUCUACCUUAAGAGCACAGCUUGAGCCUUUUAGGUUUGUUGUUGACGAGAAUAGUCCCUGGGAGGAGAAAUCUGCAGCGGUCAGAUUGACUUGCAGAAUGAAGAAAUCGAAUAGGAACAAACUGUGGAAGAAGAAGAAGAGACGCUCUGUUGCAGAAAUGCGUGCUAAGGAGCCUGAAAGAUUUGAACAAGCUGAUAGAGAGGCCGAUGAAUGGAGGGAAAUAGAAAUGGCCAAGGACAUGGCAAACAGAAAGGUUGACGAGAUGAAGGCAAUUGAGAAGGUCAAGGCGAAACGAGAACGAAGGAGACUAGAACCUGAGCUUGAACUAGCUCUAAUAGUUGAGGAAAUGCAAGAGCUACGUUCCCUAAGAAUUGAAAAACUAAAGAAGCAAGGGCAUUUUCUGCCGGAGGAAGAUGAUAAGUUCUUCGAGAGUGUUCGUGCUGCUGUGGAGCAAGAGGAAAACCAAGUUCAGUCCAUAACCAACACAGAGACUGAAGAGAAUGUCAUUGCCUCCGAGUCCGAGAAGGACAUUACUCUCACCACCAGUAACGAAAUCAACAAAGACACCGAGAAUAAAGAAAUCGCAGCUUCUUGUGAAAAGGCAGUGGAAACUCCUGAUAAGGUUUGCAACAAUGUGUCGAAUUUACCGGCCGAGUUCUAUCACUACUACUACGGAAGCGAUUUCGACAUGGGUAGACUUAUUGAGAUCAGACGAGAAUGGGAUGCAUAUCUGAGUCCCGGAGGAAGCCGGAUUCCUGGACAUUGGGUGCAGCCAUCGCCACCAGCUGAUGAGAUUUGGGGAUCAUGUCUUGUUAAAACUCCCAACACAAACCUUACGUAGUCGCUGUUUGGAUUCGGGUAAACUGAUUUUAGCCGCCAAGUCAUGAAAAGCCAGGACUAUAUGUAACCAAUUCAUCUUAUAUCCUCGUCUCAGUUCCAAAAUUGUUUGUGUAACAAACCCAUCUCAGAAACUUUUUUUUAGCAACAUUUUGAAACAUCCAAUAAGUAAAUACUAAUAAUCAUCAUAGAUCUUGGGUUUCAGUUCAGCUCCAAUAUUGAAGCUGAUGAUGAAAAGUCGCGGGUUGAUCAAUCAUAUAGGCUUACUCUCUACUGUCUCAGUGAGACAUGUCGAAUUUACCUUCUGCGUUCUCUUUUCAGUCAAUCAACAAGUUUCGUCCAUUAAAAUUUCAAUUUAAAACAAUUUUCACCAAUUUAUCGAAUUUGUAGUUCAGUGAUAUUUUCUUUUAAAGAUUUGCUACCAAAUUAAAUUCAGUAAAUCAGGUCAUUUGUCAAUUCAGAUCCUCAAAUAGAAUCCAUAGUAAUAGAAUGUAAACUGUCCGAUAAUAGUUGUCAAUCCCUCAAACGUUAUGUACUAUCGAGGUUCAAUGAAAAGAUAAUUUGGAAUCAAAAGAAACAAAUGUGGGGAAGAUGAUUGUUGAGCUAUUCAAUUGACAAUGAAUCACAACUGCCCAUCUGCCCCAAAUAGCUUUCGCAGGGAAAACUUUCGUACCAAGUGUAUUUCAUCACACUAAGCCGAUACACACAAUCCCUGCUUUCAUUUUUAAUUUCUCAAAAACAUAAAAACAAAAAAAAAAUGAUUUUUCUGAAUUAAAACUAUACACCAAGAACACAAGAUGAUCCGCGAGAAACGACAGAACAUCAAUGAAUUCCUGGAGACUCAAUCUACGAAGGUUAAAUAAAUUGUUAGGGAAGCCUCAUUUCAUGAGAUUACUCGCUUCACUGCUGGGUCCUUCGAUUUUCACUAAACAAAAUCAUCAAAAAUUUAAUCGAAAACUAAAUCCAUAAGGGAUGAAACACCGAAACCCAGAAUUAAAACCACAGAUCCCGGAAUGCUCCACCAAUCUCCGAUAUGAGUUUCCGAAGGUAAACUUGGCUUGAAUACGCAUUGAUUAGAGCGUUUCACCCAUAGGUCCCUCGUUUCCUAGAUUUCUAAAAUGCUAAUAAAUCGGAAAUAAAACGAAUUCGAUGCUCAGCGAAUACGAACCAUAAUAUAAUCGGACUUCAUCUCGCGAGACGAGAUUCGCCUCGCGAUCGAAUUAAGCUUUCCGAUAUUAACUCGUCAUUGCAUCUCUCACCAUAAACAAAGUAAAGUAAAGAAAAUCGAAAUUUAGAAUGCUAAUCAAAAUCACGGAAACGGCGAGGAAGAAGAAAGAAGAAUAGCCAUAAAACCCUAGG